AUGAACGCUCUCUCCAUGACCGCCCGAGAGCUCGAAUCUGAAUCGGCUCAGGGAGCAGGUUCUCCCAAUCCCGCACUCAUUACCGCGUUCAAUGUCGUGCAGAUGACAGGGCUAGUCCUUCUCCUCGCCGUGAUCCUGACUGCGUGGUUGGCGCCGUCCGUCAAGAGGUCCAUCGCGUGGUUCAACGUUAUCAUCUCGUGGAUAUUCUCUGCGUCGUCAUUUCUCCUGCUCAUGGGCCGGCAAACUGGACCUGAGCCACCGUUUGGGUUGUGCUUGUUUCAGUCCAUGUUGAUAUAUGCGGCGCCGGCAAUGAACGCGUGUGUAUGCGUCAGCUUCGCACUCGAGCUAUUCUUCAAUGUGUCUGCCGCUGCCGCUCAGACUCCAGCAUCGCGUAACUGGAAACUUUUCAUCGUAUCUCUACCGUACAUCACAUCGUUUCUAGUCUGCCUCGAAGUCCUUGUGAUUGGUCUGAGUCGGCAAGACGUAGUACAACGCAAUGCCAUUGGAAUGUAUUGCCAUUUCACAAUCCCAACACCGUCAAUCAUCACAGGGAUUAUCGUUAUUUUCGUCAUGAUAUCAGUAUUGCCAGUUGUCUCUGUGACGAUCUUCAUGUUCAUACGCAACUGGGGUACACUAAGGAACCUUUGCGCCGAGCAGAACGGGGGCCUCCCGUUGAGGCUGGUGAUACGCUAUGGCGUAUUCUGCUUAUUGCCAGUCCCUAUCGUCACCAUCUCUUUGGUUAGCUGGCAAUUUCAAGAUGCCAGCCCAAAUGCUGCUAAUGUGGCUGUCGCUAUCGCCACUCUUCCAAUUAUGACUGCGCUGAUAUUUGGGACGCAAUGGGACAUAUUCCGUGUCUGGAUGUUCUGGAGACGGAGUACCAGGGCUAUAUCUCGCAAGCCGCAGGUCAAGCCGCAACCCUUGCCGCCCGCUAUACCUUUUCCGCUUCCACAAGAAGAGAUUGAACUGGAUACCAAACCUAAAUAUUGUGAGGCUUGA